AUGGCGUCGGCCGACCCAGCGAAGUCAUUGUUUACAACGCAAACGGAAAAGCCUAACCAUUACACUUAUCUGAAGGAAUUUCGCGUCGAGCAGUGCCCAUCGUUCCUGCAGCACAAAUGCAAUCAACAUCGGCCGUUCGUGUGCUUCAACUGGCACUUCAUGAACCAGCGGCGCCGUCGGCCCGUGCGGAGACGCGACGGCUCGUUUAACUACAGUGCAGACAACUACUGUCCGAAGUACGACGAAACGACCGGAAUCUGCCCGGAUGGCGACGAUUGUCCGUUCUUACAUCGAACGGCGGGUGACACGGAGCGCCGCUACCAUUUACGCUACUACAAAACAUGUAUGUGCGUGCACGACACGGAUGCUCGUGGAUACUGUGUGAAAAACGGCCAUCACUGUGCGUUCGCCCACGGUAUCCACGACCAGCGGCCACCUGUGUACGACAUUAAGGAGCUAGAAGCACUUCAAAAUGCGGAGGUCACCGGUGAAGGUCUGAAUGGGCCCAACGUGCUCGACAAGGAGCGAAACCUUAUGAACGAGGAUCCGAAGUGGCAGGACACGAACUACGUUUUGGCGCAUUACAAGACGGAACCGUGCAAGCGACCACCGCGAUUAUGUCGGCAGGGCUACGCUUGCCCACAGUUUCACAACAGCAAGGACAAACGCCGAAGUCCACGGAAAUACAAGUAUAGAUCGACACCUUGCCCAAACGUAAAGCACGGUGAAGAGUGGGGCGAACCGUCCAAUUGUGAGGCCGGUGACAACUGUCAAUACUGUCACACCCGUACUGAGCAGCAAUUCCAUCCGGAAAUCUACAAGUCGACCAAGUGUAACGAUGUCCAGCAGGCGGGAUAUUGUCCGCGCUCGGUGUUUUGUGCAUUUGCGCACGUAGAACCGUACGUGGUGACGGAGGAAAUGAGCCGAGAACUGGACUCACAAGCACUGGCACUGAGUGAUAUGUUGUCGUCGGUUUUGCCGCCAAAUGAUGGUAGUGGAAAUGGAGGAAAUGGCAGUGCUGCGGGUGGCAGUAAUGUUGCGGGUGGUGGUGGUGGAGGCGGGGGCCCAGGUUCUGUACUCGGUGGCUUGGUGGUUACUGGUGGAACCGGAGCCGGGCCUUCUUCAAUAACGGGCGGUCCCAUUGGAUCAGGCGUUAAGAAAGACGUACACGAACUAGUGAAUUUGUCGUACUUCCAGCUGUUGCAGAAUGGCAGCGCGGAAAGUAGCGAAUCCGCGAGUACGAGUAGCCUCGGAUCGAAUCACAGCUCCCAUAAUAAGGCCCCUGGUUCACAACUGCAGCAGCAGAAAAAUAAUAGCAGCAACAAUGGUGUGAACCUUCUCGGUAAUGGGCACGUCGGUGCUGGCAAUGCCGGCAAUCCGCUUUGUGGACUCGGAUUGCUCAGUAAUGGCGGCAGCGUUGGCGGUGCGAACGGUGGCGCGAAUUGUGCGACUGGUGGCAAUGCCAGCUCCCUGCUGUCAAACAUCGAUUUCAACUCUGACUUACCCAAACAGAUAGUAGCAAUCGAGAGUGAUCUAACCCUGAAUCCGAUGGAGCGCGAACAGCGUAAACGAAUGUGUUUAACAUUCAGUCACCUGCGCAAUAUAGGAUCUCCUUUGGAUGGCGGUAUGUAUGAACUGAGUCGGCGAGAUACGAUGCACGCCCUGGACAGUCAGAUGUCUGGUCUAACAUCAUCUGGCUUGUUAGCUAGCAGUUCCGCUCCGGUAAACAUUCCUGGCUCACCAAUAAGCAACUCGAUUUCCGGCAUUCUUCAGGGCACGUCGGCACCGGUUAACAUUCCUGGCAGCUCGCUCGGCCACAACUUUAGUCCUUCGUCGCACUCGAAUUUAUUUAGUUUGAACGAUCCGUUCAUCGCACAUCACAUUGGUAGUGGUUCGGCGCCGAAGCUGGGCAAUAGUACCAGCAACUCUUACAACCACAACCACGCAGAUAACCUAUUCUUCCAAUCACACAUAAUUUCACCAGUACUAGGUGCCGGCCUUUCUGCUAGUCCUGAAAUUAGAAGAAUUUCGGAACUAAAUCCUUUAGACAGUGAGCUAGAUAGCAAUACAACAAAUAUAUUGUUCGCUGAGAGUCAGCACCAUCAACAACAACAGCAGCAACAGCAACAACAACAACAACAGCAGCAGCAGCAGCAGCAGCAGCAGCAGCAGCAGCAACAACAACAGCAACAGCAGCAACAGCAGCAACAACAGCAACAACAGCAACAACAGCAGCAACAGAAGCAGCAACUACAACAACAGCAACAACCACAGCAGCAACAGCCACAGCAGCAGCAGCAACAGAUGCUCAAUUGGGAGGAGCACGUUCUCCAGGCAACGAACGCUUGCGAAGCGUGGAAGGCGCAAAUGGAAGAAAGCAAUCGGAAGACGGCCAUAGCGGAGCAGCAGCGCGAUGAGGCAUUGUCCCACGUCAAGGCAUUAAAAGAAAAGUUAGGACAGUUGAGUAUCGGUGGCGGUGUCGGCGGUAGUAACCUCAACAAUUACAGAGCGACCGAUUUACGUGGUAUGCCGUUACCGAAGUUAAAAAGCAUUCAGGCAAAGCUUCGGGCGGAGAUAGAAGAGGUGGAAAAAGUAUUAUAUCUCGAGACAGCCACUAAGUGCAUGAAGUGUGAGGAAAACAACCGAUCGGUUACGUUAGUUCCGUGUAAUCAUUAUGUUCUGUGCGAUGUGUGUGCAACAACGCAGCGCGAGUGUCCGUAUUGCCAGACACCAAUAUCAUCACAAACGUAAACGAGUUGAAGUGGCUAAAGUGGUCCUCUACAGAAGUUAAGAAACAAUGCACAAUGUUUCAAGUGUAACUAUAAUAGCAACGUGCCACUCUGGUUAUGACCGUUUUCGGCUACGUGCUGCUGCCGGCGACUUUUUUAAAUAUACGACGUACGGAUUUGAUCGAUGACCGUUUUGACGUACAAUUGACGUUCAAAGAAACCCUUCGGACGCAAUUUGGCUUUUAUAUAUAACUA